ACCAAAAUUGCCGGUUUUUCUUACUUUGCUCGGCCCCCAACAUAGAAUAAGAAACUUUUAAAAUAUAAAGCAAUUGUUAAAAGUUUCGGAAAGCCUAGUCGUCUCCCUCUCUCCCCACCCGGUGUAUGUGAGUUAUUUUCUUCUUUCCCUCCCACCUUCCGUGACUCACUCCCGUUUUGGACCUACCCAACAUUUUGUGCAAAAGGCAUCAGCCAUGAACAAGCUGUAUAUUGGAAACCUCAACGAGAACGUGACUCCGGCGGAUCUGGAGAAAGUCUUCAACGACCACAAAAUAUCCUUCUCUGGCCAGUUCUUGGUGAAGUCUGGCUACGCCUUUGUCGACUGCCCAGAUGAGCAAUGGGCUAUGAAAGCCAUCGAAACUUUUUCUGGCAAAGUGGAGUUGCAUGGGAAACAACUCGAGAUUGAACACUCAGUCCCUAAAAAACAAAGGAGCCGCAAAAUUCAGAUAAGAAAUAUCCCCCCUCAGCUUCGAUGGGAGGUCUUGGAUGGUUUGCUAGCUCAAUAUGGUACUGUGGAAAACUGUGAACAAGUGAAUACGGACAGCGAGACAGCAGUUGUUAAUGUCACCUACUCUAACAGGGAACAGACCAGACAAGCUAUCAUGAAACUUAAUGGACAUCAACUGGAAAACCAUGCACUGAAGGUCUCAUAUAUACCUGAUGAACAGAUUGUGCAGGGUGCAGAGAAUGGACGUCGAGGUGGUUUUGGAACACGGGGCGCCCCACGACAAGGUUCUCCUGUGGCUUCAGGAGCUCCAGUGAAACAGCAACCAGUAGAUAUCCCCCUUCGGCUUCUUGUUCCUACCCAGUAUGUGGGAGCCAUUAUUGGUAAAGAAGGUGCCACCAUCCGCAACAUAACUAAACAGACACAGUCCAAAAUUGAUGUACAUCGGAAGGAAAAUGCAGGGGCGGCUGAGAAAGCAAUAAGCAUCCAUUCAACUCCAGAAGGCUGUUCUGCUGCUUGCAAGAUGAUCUUGGAAAUCAUGCAGAAAGAGGCAAAAGACACCAAGACUGCUGAUGAAGUACCUCUGAAAAUCCUAGCCCACAACAACUUUGUAGGACGACUGAUUGGCAAGGAGGGCCGCAACCUGAAGAAAGUGGAACAGGACACAGAGACAAAGAUCACCAUCUCCUCCCUUCAGGAUUUGACAUUAUACAAUCCUGAAAGGACUAUCACUGUGAAAGGCUCCAUCGAGAAUUGCUGCAGAGCAGAGCAAGAAAUUAUGAAGAAAGUGAGGGAGGCGUAUGAGAAUGAUGUAGCAGCCAUGAGUUUACAGUCACACUUGAUACCUGGUCUCAACCUAGCUGCUGUUGGUCUCUUUCCUGCCUCUUCCAAUGCAGUGCCGCCGCCUCCAAGUAGUGUUUCUGGAGCAGCUCCAUAUAAUUCUUUUUUGCCUCCUGAGCAAGAGACCGUACAUGUUUUCAUCCCUGCCCAGGCUGUAGGUGCAAUCAUUGGCAAGAAGGGCCAGCACAUCAAACAGCUCUCCAGAUUCGCAAGUGCCUCAAUCAAGAUUGCUCCUCCAGAGACUCCAGAUUCCAAAGUGCGUAUGGUGAUAAUCACUGGACCACCAGAAGCCCAAUUUAAGGCUCAAGGACGAAUUUAUGGAAAGCUGAAAGAGGAGAACUUUUUUGGGCCUAAAGAAGAAGUGAAACUUGAGACGCACAUCCGAGUCCCUGCCUCAGCAGCAGGAAGAGUCAUUGGCAAAGGAGGCAAAACAGUCAAUGAACUUCAGAACCUGACAGCAGCUGAGGUAGUUGUUCCCCGGGAUCAAACCCCUGAUGAGAAUGAGCAAGUCAUUGUCAAAAUCAUCGGACAUUUCUAUGCUAGCCAGAUGGCUCAACGCAAAAUACGUGAUAUCCUUGCUCAGGUGAAACAACAGCAUCAAAAGGGACAGAACAACCAGACACAAGCACGAAGGAAAUAGGAAAUGACUUGUACCCGGGUGUGUGAAAGAAGAGAGAGAGAGAGAGAGAGAUGGACAAAUGGAUGAACAACAAUGACAAUGGAUGAAACAAAGCCAAGCAGAAAAGAAUGAUGAUCUAUUUCAGAACCCUAAGAGUGGCUGGGAUUCAGUUUACCGUAGGCAGGUCUUAGUAAUUUUUUGGAGAUGGGUGUUUUAUUCUAUCAUGAGCAUAUAUACAUGUCUGUUUCCAUACAGAUGUGGCCUCUCACACAAAGGUAUUUUCACACGGUAUUCCUUUUUUUUGGGGGGGGCGGGGGGAGGGAUACUUGGUUCAGCAAUAAAAAAAAAAGUUCCUGAUCAAAUUACUCCUCUGUCAAAAUAUCAAACUAUAUAGGAUCACGAUUUUAUUUAGAAAAGCAAGAAGCUUACACUUGGAAGUAUAUCAUGCUUUACCAGAUCAAGACCAACCUUUUUUUUUAAAAAAACUUAUUACUUCCUCUCCCCCCACCCAAUAGUUUCAAGAUUUAUUUGGGCAACCCUCUCCCUAACAAUGAAUUAGGGUUAAUUUUUGCACUCGGCAAGAGAAGGGCAGAGAAUGGAACCAGAUUCUUUAUAACAGCCUCCUUAAUAAGCUCCCUUGUCUGGUUUUUUCCAGAUAAUUGGCUUCUAUGUGAUACAGUAUUAUUUUAAUUGUGCUUUUUUUCUUUAAUAGGCAUUUAGACUGUUUUUUCUUUGAGGAGGAACAAGAAAAUGUUUCGCUUUUCAUUCAAGAAGCUUCAUCGGUUGAUGGUGGGGGAUAGAAGGAUAGUAAUUGACAGGUUGAGACUGGAUGGUGGGGGAGAUGGAAGCAUAGGUUAUGAUGGGAGAAUGGGAGGGGGAUGGAAAGUUUGUAUUUCUUUGCAAUCAUCUGGUCAUUAGUGCUAUUGAGGCCAUUUGUGGUUUAUCUGUGCCCUAAUCUAGUGCCCCAAUCUAGUUUAUCUAUACUCUAAUCUAGUGGCCUCAACUGAGAGCUAUUGCCAUUUGGGAGUUUAUCUGUGCCCUAAGCUAGUGGCCUCAACACCUCUCAGAGUGCUAAUGACCAGAUGACUGCAAAGAAGUACAAUCCUUCCAUUUCCCCCCUCACAUCCUAUCAGAAUUUAUCCUUCCACCUCCCACUGCCCCAGCAUCCAGUCUCAACUGUCAGUACCUAUCCAUCUCCCCACCAUCAGAACUGAGGAAGCUUCUUGGAUGAAAAGUGAAAUACUUUCUUCUUCUUCCUUAAGGAAACAACAGUCCAAUUGCCUUUUGAAGAUAAAAAAGGCACCUUUGAGGCAAGUAUGAACUGGAUAACUGAGAAUCUCCACAGACAGAUACAGUAUUAUGUUCUUAAGAUUAUGAAAGUCAGAUGUCAUUUUUUUUCCCCAUAGUCCUAUUAGCAUACAGUGGAGCUGUCCAUUGUUCUAACCUAGGUUUCCCCAUCUGGACAAGACAAUUUGGCUACAUUGCCACUAUGGGAGAAUGAGCUCAAGAAUCUGAUUGGGUGAUUUUCAUGUUCCAUCCAGUGUCUGGGAGAAAACACUGAAGACUGACUCUGGACCUGCAUACCCUCAGUGGACCAUCUCUGCUUUACAGGAAGGUCAUUCAACUUUACAUUUAGAAUACAGUAUAGCUUCUCUCUUAACAUCCAUAUGUCCCCAAGAAGCAUCCUGUCACUUUAAAAAUGUUUUGAAUGUCUAGAAUUCAUUUCUACAUAUCAAUACGAUAUUUUUCCCCACUUCCUUGGAAGUUGUCAAAAUAUGAGGAAAGAUUACAUUCUUCAAAUUGGCUGCAUGUUUCAGUUGUUCUAAAAGUUUAUAAAAAUGAGGAGAAAAAGUAAACAAAUUUGACUUUUUGGUACUCUCCUGGAAUGGUGAACUGGCUCAAUUCAGAAAUCAUGAACUAUGGACUCCGUAGUUUUGAAUUAAAGCUAUUUUUUAAUUUAAAACUUACGCCAUGAUUUGAUAUUCCUAAUAUCAUGGUCAGGAUUCAUACAACAGGCCAAGCUAGGUUAAAACACUAACUUGGUGUACUCUGUAAAUUCAUUGAAAUUGUGAUUAAUACAUUUAAAGGUUUUGCCAAACAAGGAAAUUUGGUUCAUUCAGUAAAUCCUUCUUAAAUUACUGUGGGUCUUUGUUUUGUCUACACAUAACUAUUUAUUUAUUUAUCUGCUUUCCAUUGUUACUACUAUAUUUUUAAUAAUAUGGCAUGGUCUUAAAAUCUUUUUACCUGAUAAACCACCUCAAAAUUGACCUUGCAAAUUUAUUUUUAGCCUGCAUUUUUGAUUUUUGUAUGCUUGGCAAAUAACAAAACAUGAUUUUAUUACAAAGGAGUUUUGUAUGAUAUCUGAAUUGAGCCACGUUGAUCCUUAAUUGAGGAAAUAAAUAGCACAUCUGUCUAUUCGUCUCUCUUCCUUUCCCCUUCCCCUAUUCCUUCUAAAUAUUUUAAUUUGUUAAGCCAGAAAAAGUAUUGAAAUAAUUAGCAAAUCAAUCAGUGAGGAAUAUACUUUAAUCCACCUAAGAUGUAUAUUCUUAAUGAACAAUCCUAUUUGAAUGAGAUGGUCAACGGAAGACAAAAAUUGUGGCAAGUGGCCAUAGAGUUUUAAUUCUCUUGAACUAUUAAGUCAUCAGAUUUAAAUUAUUUCCAGUUCAGGGGGUAAAGUGGCUUUACUUUUCGUUUUGUGAAAAGUGACUUAAUGUCCAGUACCCUCUCCUAAUUUGGUAUGUACACGUUUUGACAUGUAAAUCCAAGCCACAGUAAAAUCCCUAUUCCAGGCAGACACAGAUGCACCAGUGUUUAACAUUUUAACAUUUCAGGACUUUUGCUUCUUCCUGUGGUUAGUACACUGAAUGUUUUCAGAUGAAGUUAAACACUCUGUUAAAAUAAGUGUGACUUAGGAUUUAUUAUAGAGUCUGGAAGAUGUAGAGUUUUCCCCAAUCAGUUGUUCUGAUGCAUUCAAUUUCAGCUCCAAUACUUCCUAACUAGUAUUUUGCUGAUUGGGAAAUUCUGAGGAUUGAAGCCAAAGAUAUUUGGAAGGCGCAAGAUUGGGGAAAACUGCUUUACAUGAAUUUUAAAGUCGAUACUAUGAAGCAAUGAAUUGUGAACUGCAGUGUAAAGAUAAAUAGCAUUUAGAUCUUCAGUUCAGCCUUUCCCCAAUGGUAAAUCAACUUGCCCUUGACUUCUACUGAACAAAAAUUGCAAUUACUGCUGUAUGAUCUCUAGCAAAUGACCUGUAGUUACUUUAUUUGGAGAGGUUGCAGCCAUCUCCCUUUAAUUGUUAAAUGGCAGCUUUAGAUAAAGUAGCAAGAGGUCUGCCAGUCUUGGAGAAUCUCAGCCUCAAAAAUGUUGUCUAUUUAGCUAUCAUUUGAAAAUGCCCCAUUCUCUUCCUGAUUGCCAGUUUCCAUGGCUUCCUCUGUCCAUGUAAUUAUUGCUUCCUCCUCCUCCCAAAAUAAGUGGAGAGUAAAAAUGCAAUAUAUGCAUAAGUGUUUGGGGUUCAUUACACGUACCUGGCUUUUAAACACAUUUUUAGGGGAAGUGUGGGACAGUACAUUGGUUACAAAAGAAAGAUAUACCUCAAGGCUACUUGCCAUAUAGAUUUCACAAUCAAAGGACCUUAGAAUGUAGCAGCCCAGGUCCUUUCCUCCUCCCCCCCCCCCCCGAGAAUGGUCAGGGCUUUUGUCCACUUCAGAAGUUUUUCACAUGAGACAGUGUUCAAGAUGGGACAUCACUUGCUAUACUUCCUCCAGAGUUCUAAUAACAUCAGAAAUUAUCUCUCUUCAUAUGUUAUCUUACAUUUAGAAGAACCUCAGCGCUUAAUCAUACCAAAAAGGAGAAGUAGUAGUUCCUGUCUUGAUACAGAGAAUAACAAAAGGCUUAUAAAUUGGUGCACUAAAAACUGUGGGCCAUUUAUGAAAAGUGCCUUUAAUGCAGGCACUCUUGGAGUUGUUUCUGGGUGACUUUUCUCUAGGGAGCAGGCUUCCCCAUACUUGAAUGAGUGAAGAUAUACAGAACAUCUUCUCUGAGUUUGAGCAAAUAAUUACUUCAUUGAUCUUAACUAUGAGAUUAAAAGGAUGAUUUACCAGCACAACCUUACACCUUGGGCAUUGAAUUCCAAGUAUGUACUGGAUUGCGUUGUAAAGGAUUUAAUCCCCAGAUUAAAAUUAGUGCCAGUUUAUCUCUGUGGAAGACAAACCAAUGUGUCAGAUAAUCCCCAGAAAAGGAACUAAUUACCUCCAAAAGGAAUGAAAGAAAUGGCAAGUAUGCAUAGAGAAAUUGCUGUUCCUUUUUUGGCUUGGAGGAAGAAAAACAAUGGGGCCGAAAAAUGAAACCAAAAGUGAUUUUUAAUGAAAAAAUUGGUGUGAUUAAAAUAAUAGCAAACAACCCCCUAAUUUUGAAAUAACUUAUAUAUAUUUUUUUCUGCCACAAAGUUAUUGAUUUUCUUUAGGAGGCGAUACCAAAUAUAGACAUCAGAAGAAUGUAAUAUGGUUACUAAUCCCAGUCACUCUUAUGCAAACUUUAAAAAGAAAAAAAAUGUGUAAAAUAUUUACAAUGGGUUUUUAGAAUUUAUGAAGAGCAGGAACUGCUCACCUGGCAGCCUGAGCCCAGAACAAAGUUUUGUCUCUGCAUCGACUUGGGCAUCAAUUAAACUGUUCCUCUGAGGAUAAGUUAUUUUCCCCAACAGAGCCUUGAAUCCUUACAACCAGCACUAAUAUAACAGGGAAUUGAUUUGAAACAGUCCACCCAACGAAAAAACUUUUGCAUCCUUAUCUACCUCAAGGCAGUUUGAUCGGUGGACAUGGAAAGCUGUUUGCCCCAGAGUGGUCAUUACAUACCCUGGAAAGCAACAAAUUGUAUACUUUUGCCAAAUUAAUGGAAAAAUCAAGUCAAUGGUUUGAAUUUCAUUCAAUGGCUGCAAAAGCCCUGUUGAUUUCAAUAUGGACAUUCUGUUUUACGUGGAUUCCUAAGUGUUAGGUCUCUUAAAAAUGCUAAUGAAAUAAGUUGACACUUGGCAGUGAUUCAAGGCAUGGAAAUUGUAAACAUUAAUUCAUUUGAUUGCAGAUGUAUUGACAUAGAGUGCAAUCAUGUUGCAUUCUAAUUUUGUAAUUUCUUUCUUUAAAAAGGAAAUAAGUAACAAUAUGGGGCAAAUUACCCCCCUUCGUCUUGAUAUAUUUACAAUAUGGGGCAAAUUAUCCCUCUUCGUCUUGAUAUAUUUAUAUCUUAGCAGAGACAAGACUUUUGUUAUAUAUUGACUCAUCGAUUGUCCAGGUUUAAAAUGUUUUUGCAACUGGGCUGUUUGUGACAACUGGCAAAUGCAGGUCCAGUGUAUUUCCAUAUGCCUGUUACCCAAAUGACAUCUUUGAAUUGAAGCUGAAGUGGCUGCAUGGAUCUUGCUGUUUACACUGAAGCGGCUGCUCUCCUUUUUUUCUAAAACCUUGCAAGAACGGGCAUAUACAGAAAUGUCAGGCGUUGCUUUGUGUUUUAAGGGAAAGGAGGAAAAUAAAGAAGAAAAAAGAAAUGAGAGAAUAAUGGAGGGGAAAAGCUACCUCAAGGUAUGAAGUUACCUCAACAAUUGUUUUGUUUUUUGGGCUUGCUGAUAUUUUAUAUAAAAGCUGAUAGUCUUGAAUAUUUUAUUUUUUUAAUGAAAAGAGAAGUUACGUUUCCUAAUUUCUAAUGAGCCAGAAGUUAUUAUGCAGGUCGGAAAUGUUACAAGCUCUUUAUGGAGAACUGCAGAGACUUCAGAUGUAGCGGAAAAGACGGCAGAUUUUUCCCACUCUCAAAUUUGCAGCUUAAUUUUACUUAUAUCUAAAAUUCAAAUUAUAAAUUCUGUCCGCUCAAAAAUUUGGCACAAUUAAAACCUGUGUAUUUCAAUGUCAGCGUCCAGGUUGUUAGCAUUUGUGUGAAAAGAAGCAGCUGUCUAAAAGACAAAGUAAUAUGGCAAUCUUGAGGGUGUAAAUUGGCUAAUUCUACUUAAAUACAUUUAAUUUGGAAAUUAAGGUGAGUUUCUUUGAUUAGCAUAGUUGAUAUCAUUCUGUGGCAGUUGGAAUUCAGAUUUGUGAUUUUCUCUUUGGCUGAUUAUCUGGUUUAUUAAAGCUGGGGUUUCUUUCAUAUAUUUUUCAACACUUGGGGUUGCUGAAAUGCUAUUUGUGCAGAAAAUGGCAUUAUGAGAACAAAAAGGAGACAAAUCCCAUGAAAGUGGUUUGUCUAUUGGAUCUCCAUACAGAGAGAUAUUAGCAUCUCAAAUAUUGAACUACAGUACAUUUAUACAAAGAAAUUUGUGAUAGAUCACUAGAAACAUAUGAAUGAUUUUUGCAUAUCUUUUGCGUGGUGAAACUAAAUGAAGUGUGCUUAGGAUUGAAAAGCCACAGGUGAGGUUUUUUUAAUGAAAAGUUACAAAAAUAUUCCAAUUAGGAAUUACUCAGUUGAGAUACAUUCUUGUGUUUGCAUUCACUUGACCGUCUUUUCCGCUAUAUUACUGUGAAAUAUUCUACAAAGAUUACCUCAGUUUUACUGAGGAGAAGCAGACCAUUAUUUUUUUUAGAAAAAGAAAAGAAAUGGGAGCCAAACUUUCUUGUGGCUUUUUGUACAUUCUUCUUGAGGAGAAGCUGCAACUCUAAUUGCCACUCUUUGAAAAGUAUGGAGCUGGGCAGUUUAAACAUUGAAUUUGUUUUGUAUUCCAUUGCACUUGGAACAGAUAACCCUCUCUACAUGUAAUUUUAAAAAGCAGUGGUUGUAAGUGGAUUCACAAAUGAUUGUCUUAAAAUUAUUCUGACCCGGAAACUCUCCAGCCAAAUGCAAACUGGGUUCUUAAGAGAUCAGAUAUAUUGUUCUUAAAAAGUCACUAUCAUUUUCCUGUAGAGAUUGGAGUUUGGGAUGAGUUGAAAGCCUCAAUGCCUCUCCCACUGCUUUCCUAGUUGGAAAACAUUGGUGUUCCUAUCAAAAAUUUUCUCAUCCUUCAAAAUAAAAGACAGUUGCAAAACACUGUCUAUUUAAGACAGUAUAGACUAUACUGUAAUGAACUAUAAGUUAAGAAGAAUGGGAUAAAAAGAAUACUACCUCUAAUGCUCUUGUCCCCACAGGAAAAGAUGUAGGGCAAAAUGUAGAUUUCCUUUCUUGAAGAUCUCUGACUUCUCUUGCUUUUAAUACAGACUUGCAUAGAUCAGGAUUUUUAAAAUUAUUAUAAUUCAGACAUCAGCCAUAGCAAAUAAGUUGGCUUUUUUCCUCAACAGCAAGCAAUUUUUGGUAUUCUUUGAAAGGAAUGGGGUGGGUGGGAAAACAUUCUCCCCUCUCUCCUCUAGUGCUCUUAGCAUCUAAAUGUUGCUGUGUUUUCUUUUUUAAAAUUCCAGCUAUAUGAAGUGUUUGAAGUGAAGACAUCUUGCAUUAUCCAAAUGAGCAUAACGUUAUUCAAAGGGUAGGCAGUUUUAACAGCCUGGCUUUAGGGUUCAAGCUGUAGGCAUUACAUGAAUCCUAUUAACAUUCAAGAGGAUUUCAGUUGCCUUGAAUAGGAGGCCUUUGUCCUACUGAGGGUGCAUCUGUUCUUAUUCAUUUAUUAAGUGGAAAUGAUGAUGCAGUGGUUGAGUAUGAUACAAAGGUUGGAGGGGGUUGUGAUUAUUUUAAAAAAAAUGUGCAGUCAUUAACGUUUGAUCCUGCCACACCAUGAUAGUGGCCCCUUUGCCAUCGAACUGUGAGUUUUGCAGACAUUUCUCAUUUUGAAUUGGACCUUUGAACAUUUGUGUUAAUGCCAAUGUAACUAUCAAACUCUACUGGAUGCAGAAGCCCUCUCGUGUUCUGCUCUCGAGGCUUCAGAUGAGAUUAGGAACUCAGGGUUACGCUCUUAUUAUCAGCACUUAUAGCUUCUCCCUCAGCACCUCAAUUUGCUGCUAUUUUCUGCCAUUGUUUCCAUAUUUCUAAUGUCCAAAAAAGAUCAGGUAUAUAGUAACUGAGACAAAUGUUGGCCUUAAACUCCACCACUUUCUUUCAGUUUACAAUGUGUAUAUGUCCAUGUUGGUGAGGGAUGAUGGUUAUAUACUCAUCAAGAAGUAUGUAGAUGGACAUACAUACUUGCAGCUUUAUAUCAAUGGUAAGCAAAAAAAGACUUAUCAGAUAAUAUGUAAAAAAAACAAGGAUUUGUUCUUAAGUUUUAGUGUUAAAGAAUCUGAUGAUUUGGAACACUGCCUUUUCCUCUAAUGUAGUCUGAAAGUGGCUCAGAGAAAAUCUGUAACAAGUCGUCUUUUUGUGAAAGAUUACUUGUCAAGCCAAUAAAAUCAAAUCCUUAUAAACAGAAAACAAUUCUUAAUGCCACAGUACCUCAGCUAUCUCUGUGAUCUUAAUAUGGAUAGUUGGAUGGAUUUCAUCUUGUUCAUCAGAAAAGCCUAGAAAGACAACAUUGUUAGUUGGGUUUGAUUGGACUUAACUGCUCUGAUCAUCUGUAGCAGCCUUCUGUUUUUUCCAGAUGUGUUGGACUAAUGCCCAUAAUCCCUUAAGCAACUUGUCUGCUGGCUGGGGAUUGUAGAGAUUGAAAUUCUACACAUCUGGAGAACAACAGAUUAAGAAAAUUAUUUCAAGGCGUUUCUGUGUACUUAAUGCCCCAUUAUAGAUUAUGUUGAUGGUUUGUGUUUUUGGUCUAGGUCUACUCCAUCGUAACCUCCUGUCUGCAAGCAUUAAAUCACUUUAGCCACUAAGAAAUUAGCAUAUGGCUAUGUGGACAAGGCCUUUCAAAAAUCACUUUUGAGUUACAACGAACUAAUAAGGACUCUCUCCCCAGGAUUUCACGUAAUUGAUUUUCUUUCCUCAAAAGGCUUACUAUAAUUGAAGGAGAAAGGAGGAGCAAGACAGUGGAAAGGCAGAAAGUCUCAGGAGGAUAAGCUUCAAGGGGUUGUGAGGGCAGGUAAGAGAGCUGGUGACACAAACGACCUAAUAUUAUUGGACCUUCUAUGCUGAUGUAUACAUGUUUUAAGAACAUGUGUUACAUAGGCUGUCUCAGGAGGCUUAGAAAUUUUAAAAUUUCUAAACUUGGAAUGUUUAUACAUAACAAGAAUAAUCUUAUUUGGAACUGUGUUUUGAUUGCACUUCACUUCAGUUGACUUGGAACCAAAUCCAGAAUAUAUUUAAAUAGGUGCAGUGUUUUUGGAAUCCAAGAUUCAACGUAUGUGAAUGAAUGUUAAAUUACACCUUCUGAAAAAUAUUCAAGUUUUUCCAGAGUUAGAUUUUCCAAAGAGAUUUAACAUGCACAAAAAUCUUCAUUAGUUGCUUUACAAUUAAAACUAAAAUCUUAGGAACUCUAUCCAAAGCAACAAAGAAGGAAUUGGAUCAAUCCGUUUGGAGGAAGACUCAGCUAAACUGAUGUAGGAAAUGACAUGAGAUUUUUUUUGAAAAAAAGAGAUGUAUAUCUCAUAUUUCCAAAAUAAUAAUAAUGAAAUGUAAAAGACUCCGUUACAAUUUUAGUUCUUCAGUGAUGUACAAGGAAGAAUAUAAUGAUAGUUUGUGUAGUGGGUAAGGGCUUCACUUUGGUGCAUGGUCUGACCAUUUUAGUUCUGCCUUUAGGGAUGCUCUUGAUAUCUUUUGAAUUGUUGACAGUAGCUCCAUGGUUUUGGACAAGGUCCUUGUCCAACCCUAUUUAGUGAUGCCUAAAUUGAAUGAAGCAUUUUUUUCCUAUACUUGACCAUGGAGAUUCUAUCUUUCUUAUUCCCAUUCCAGUACAAUAAUACUGUAUGCAUCCAGUUUUUUAGAAUAUUAAUUUUACACGUUUCCUUCAAUUUGUUAGACUCAGUAGAAUAUUCAUAUUGUUAUUUGCAGUUAAGGAGCAAGCACUGUCUCUAUUUUAUUUGGCAAGGUUCCUAUGUUGUUCAGUUUUUUUUUUCUUGAAAUGAAAUAUCAUCUGAAAUUUUAAGGUCCACAGAUAAGUUAAUGCUCAGGUUUAAAUUUUAAAAUUCUCUCCAAUUUCUUUAAUACAGAGUGCCAGGAAACCGGGACUCUUUAUGCCACUAUAUGCUCAAAGGUAGCCAUUUCCCCAAUAUCAACAUACUUCAAUCAGAAUUUCAGAUGAAAUCGCUUAAUUGCCAACUGACAUAAUAGUAAUAAACAGGAGGAGGAUAAAAAGUUUUAUUUGGAUGCAACAGUCAUAGACGUGGGCAGAGAGCUGUAAAACAGAGAUAAUUGAAUUUACAAAUGGAUGAAUCUAUAGGUUUUCUAAAGAAAUUCUCAAAAUUUCUUGUCAAGUUCUGUGAUUGUUGCAUGUGACACAAAGUAUUAUUUUCAGAGGAAUGUUUUUCUUUGCAAGCCUCAAUGUAAUUUAUGAGCACUACAAAAAAGAUGUAAUUCAGUAGUGCUUGUGCUGGCUGGGGCCUUGUUAGUAAUUCUGAUCCUUUUGUAUCUUUCUGCCAGUCUUAUUUAGAGAGACCCUCAAUAGGGUUUUGCUGCCCCAACCUGGAGAUAACAGGCAACUACGCCUGAUUUGCAGCUCUCCUAGAGCAGCCAAAAACAUUAGAUUUACAUUUUGAGGAAAAUGACAUUUGAAAGAGACUUCGAGUGCUGGUGCAUCUUUUCCACCAAAGCACGAAUUCUGUAGACACCAAAAGAUUUGUAUGUAAAGGCAUAUUGGAGUUUACUAAGACAGUUUCCAAACAAGAUGAUCCAUAAAAGCAAAACAUUUCCAUCUGUACAGCUGGUGAAUCCAGGAAUUGUUUCAUGGCUGCUGCACUUCUGAAUUAGCAUGGCUGUGAGGUAAGUAGAAGGAGAAGUCAUGCUGUGUGUAGCCAAGGGACGGCUACCAAUCAUUUUUACUCAGCAAUAGUUUAUCAGUUGCUGAAAUUCAUGUUAUGCUUCAUGCUGGCUUGUUGUACAAGCUAUGCUAUUUUAUUUCUUAGAUAAUACUAAGCCAUAAAUCAGAUUACAACUAUAAUGCCUGGUUUCACUCAUCAUAAUAUAUCAAAUUGAAACAAGUAACAUGUCUUAGUGCAAUGUGCAGACACAGCCAAAGUAUGUGUUUGAACCAUAUACAAAGCUAGUAAUUUAUAAUGCCUGGCUUAUGAAAUGGUUACAUUUGCAGGCUAUAAAUUGCUAUCUUUUUGCACAGCUUUCUAAAAACCAACCCACUCUUUAAAAGCACCCUAUUCCCACACUUGAUUUAACAUCAAUUGAAUCCUGAAGCUUUAUCACAGGAUCUUAUUUUUAAACUUUGACUUUUUCAAAGAUAAAAUACCUCUCCAACUUGGUUGUUGGUGUACAGGCACAACAGGGCAACCGCUUUAGGCAUUGUAUUUUUGUUCGUUUGUUUAAAGCCUUGUUCUUCUGAGACAGUGGGGUUGGCUUUCCUGAAAAAGUUUAUAUGUUUAGCAAUUUUCCCUGUUCCUGUGAUGACAUUUAUAAUAUGGAGUGGCUGUGAUUGUUCAGUUAAGCAGUUCCUAAAGGGAGUGUGCUGGAUGGAGAUGGUCCUGACUCCCUAACUGAAGCAGGCUUUUCUGAUUUGUUCAAUUUAAAAGGAAAAGAAAAAUGAAAAGGACAUUCUUCCCAUGAAAUUAAGUAACUUUCAGCUCUAUUUAUUUUGAGCUUUUAAUUAACUAUAUUUAAUGAAAUUUCUAAUUGAUAGCAUCAGCAAACAUUAGAUUUCCUUCUAAGAAGAAGGGAAAAACAUGUCUCUACAUAAACCUCAAAAAACUAUAGACAUUUAUUAAUAAAAAAUAAGGGAUUUUUUUAGCUGUUAUUUGCCUUCCAAGGUUAAUGUAAUGGCUAAUGCUGCAAGCUGUGUGCUUUGGAUUUUUAAUUUCCUAAAGGAAGUAUAAUUAAAAUCUCUUAACUUCUGUACAAAUUUAAUCCUUGCAGCAUGAACCAGGGAGUUAGAUCCAGAUUUAGUAAGUUCAUUGAAAUUGAUGGGAUUCAAGUUAGUUUCAGCGUAACUAUCAUGGGUUUAAUAUUUCUGCUUUAUACAUAGCCGCUCAAGCUGUUUGGACCCAGCUUGGAAUCAAUCAGAUUCUAAUUUUUACUUGAAAAGAUGAGCUUAAAGAAGAGUUCUACCAAAUGUAGAAGCUCACUUCUGUUUUUUAACACUCUGCCUGUUACAGAUAUUUUUCAGCAAUAGGAAUUCAAGCCAUGCCCUUCACUCUCUUUAUUAAUCACAGCCAUUCCAUUCAUUACAUGUUAAUCAUGAGCCAGAGAUAAUAUCUCCUGGUUUAGUUCGGGUUGGGUGCCACUAAAUCAUAAGACAGUCCUCCCAACCCCUCAUUGGUACCCUGUUAAGUGCCUGUUGAGCUGCACUUCAUGUCAGCCUAAGGGCAUGAUGACCAUAUAUACAUACAUAUGAUAUGAAUAUAACCAAUUCAUGUUUGUUUUAUCUACCUCUUAGCACCUAUAGAUUUAAAUAAAUAAUUAGGUAGUGAUAAUACAACAUACUAUGUAGUCUAGGGAGAAAAAAAUCCCCCCUCCCCAAAUAAUCGUUCUGCUUAAAAUGUUGUGGUUUUUUUUUUUAAAAAAUAGAACUAAGGGCUCUCUCUGCAUUCUAAAGCAGUCUUGGUAAGAUACAGAGGGCUAUGGAAUUAUGGGCAAGAGGUUUGGUUUCUGCAUUGCUGGUAAGGAGAUAGUGUGUGGCCAUGUGUCUAACAAAGCCAACACUCUCCAGUGCAGCUUAGUCAGCUCAGUUGGUACCCGCAUUGGGGUUCCUGCCCUGGAAUCAAUGGAUGAGCCAUUUGCCCUAAUCCAGUGAGCAAAGGAGGCAGCCAAAAGCUGCCCAAGCAUGGCUGAUGCAUGUGGAGCUUGCAACAAAACACAGUUCCCUUACAAUCAAGCAGGACUGCUGGGAACAUGCCUGGUAUUGUGGAUUGUUGAUCUGUGGAAACCCGAUCUACAGAUAGAUUUUGUGUUUGUUCGAUCUGGAAUCCUGAUUUUCCCAAGCCUUGGCGCUUCCAGUCUGUAAAAUGGGUCUCUCUUUACCUUGUUGAAUUGAUUUGAAGACAAAAACAGAGUCUGGAAAGCAGUUUGCUUACUGUGAGCGCUGCCAAAAACAACUUAUGCCUACAAGCUAGUGACAUAAAGCUAGGAAGAAUUGCUUGGGUUCCACUAAGGCUGCAUUACCACCAUUACAGAUGAUCAACCUUGAUUUUUUAAGUGUUUGUUAGUUUGUAAGAACCCCAACACCUCAGUCAUUCUUUCCCUCCUUUAAUGACUUUUUAAAUAUAUAUAUAUAUAUCCACACACAUACACACACACACACAUUUCUUCCUUCUUUUUCCUAAUAAUUCAUAUCAGAACUCAUGUGUACCAUUUUCUUUCAACGUUCUUAGCAUAAGUGCUGACCAGCUUACACAACUAUCAGUGUUUAAUUGAAAUUGUGCCUUAAGACACACAAGUGCGUGGUCUUUUGUAACUCUUUUAUACCCUCCUUCAAUAAUGCUGGACAACCUUGUUGCAUUUUUUUUAAAGUUGUUUUAUUGGCAGUUUAUCAUCAACUUAAUGAGCACAGUAGAAUGAAUCAUAAGGGCUGUUUUAUUGAAUGAGUGAUGGAGGCUACUAUUAAUCUAAACUAGCUUUUUGUUUCAAGUGACAAGAGAAACUGGUAGCUCAUUGCAAAUUGUUUCGGUAAUUUGCCAAUCCUUAUUGCUCGCUGUCAUCAUCUGGUUCACUGCCUCAGAAGAUGGAGGUUCAAUAGAAUUUCCUUGAUGCACGGUUGUUCCUAUUCAUUUCUGUAAUCUUUUAAAACGUAUUUGUGGCUAAUGAGGAAAAAAAUCUCACAUCUUCCAUUGGUGUAAAACUAUUUGUUACUUUAUGUCAGUGUCUCUCAAAUUCAGUCAGUUUAAGAACCAUGAACUUUAACUCCCAGAAUUCCCCAGCCUGUGGCAUCUUAAAGUGGCUGAGAUUGAGAAACAGUGCUUUUGGACCUUGUCUUCUGUUAGAAUAAUCAGUUGCUACAAAUGUAUUAGACAAAUCGCUUUUAUGUAAAAACAAAUAACUUGUGUGAAUUUGGAAAGAAAAUUUUGCUCCAUGUAAUGAUUUUGUGAAAUAUGUCAGACUUUAUGUUCUAAGCCAUUGGAACUGUUAUGAAUUCAGCCCCUGAAAAUUGUACUCUUGAGUAAUUGUUUUCCUCUCUUUGGUCCGCUGUAUUUUUUAAAAAACUUUCUCCGCUUAAUUUUCUUUCUUUCUUUUUUUUUAAAUCUCUGUUCUUUGACCCCUUGUCUUUUGCAUGAGGCAGGUUAGUUGGCUCAGAUCCAAAGUUGUGAUUACGGAUGGACACUGGCUCCAUUUUUCUUCCAGCUUGUUUACUGCCACAAACUGCUUUACUCCACUGUUUCAUUUUUUUAAAUAAAAAGGAGGAAAAAAUCCA